AUGGCUUCCCAGGUCCCCGCCUACAUCGAGAAUCGGCUAUUCAUCAACGGCGAGUUUGUCAAAUCGUCGAGCGGCAAAACAUUCGAUCUGAAAUCGCCUUAUUCGCACGACGUUGUAGCCCAAAUAUACGAAGCGACCGAAGACGACACCAACAAGGCAGUUGCCGCAGCCAAAGCCGCCUUCCCCGCAUGGCGCGAUCUUGAGCCAAGUGAACGAGGAGCCUACAUCGGCAAGCUGGGUGCUCUAGUUGCCGCUGCUCAUGGCGAGCUGGCCACCCUUGAUGCGCUCUCCAUGGGUCGUCCGGUUUCCUCUUAUUUCGAUGGGUACUUCGCUGCCAGCGUCUUCAACCACUACGCGGAAGCCGGAUACGCCGCCAAAGGUGAGACCAGCUUGAAUGCCAAGGGAUUCAUGAACCUGGUGCUUCGACAGCCGAUCGGUGUCGUUGGCGCUAUCAUCCCGUGGAACGUGCCGGUCAUCUUGUUCGCGCAUAAGGUUGGGCCAGCCCUUGCUGCGGGCUGCACGAUUGUGCUGAAGAGCUCCGAGAAAGCGCCGCUUUCGUCUCUCAAGCUGGCUUCGCUUGUCAAGGAGGCCGGGUUUCCCCCUGGUGUCGUAAAUGUAAUCUCAGGCUAUGGAGCACCCGCUGGCACGACCCUCUCCUCCCACAUGGACGUCCGUGUCAUCAACUUCACCGGCUCCGGUGCAACCGGGCGCCUUGUACAAAUCGCAGCCGCAAAGUCAAACCUGAAAAAGGUCGUGCUUGAGCUGGGCGGUAAAUCGCCCGCCAUCAUCUUCUCCGACGCGGACGUCGAGCAAGCCGCCAUCGAGACCGCCGCAAGCAUGCGUCUCCUGAGCGGCCAAGCCUGCAUCGCCAACUCACGCAUCUACGUCCAGGAUAGCGUGGUUGACAAGUUCAAGACCGCAUUCACGCAGCACUUCAGCGCCACGCACAUCGGAGAUCCGCUCGACCCGGCCACGAACCACGGACCUCAGGCCGACGAGAUCCAGUUCAAGCGCGUCAUGGAAUACGUCAAAGCCGGCAAGCAAGGCCUCGGAGGCCUCUCCGCCGGCGGGAAUGAGGUCAAAAUGGCCGGCGGCAACGGAUUCUUCAUCGAACCCACCAUCUUCACCGACGUUCCUGAGGAUGCGAAGACGCACAAGGAAGAAAUCUUCGGACCCGUGGUACACAUUAAUGUGUUCACAACCGAGGCUGAGGUCAUUGCUAAGGCUAAUGACUCAGAAUAUGGGCUCUAUGCGAGCGUAUUCACCCAGGAUGUCGGUCGCGCCAUGAGGAUGGCCAAGGCUCUGGAGUCCGGAACUGUUGGUAUCAACUGUACCUCUCCGACUAUAAGCCAUGAUAUGCCGUUUGGUGGGUACAAAGCUAGUGGGUUAGGGAGAGAGGGGUUUGGAUGGAGCUUAGAUCAUUAUUUGGAGACCAAGAGUGUGCUGAUUCGCGUCAAGGAGGAGUAG